AAUUCUCUAUGAGGUGUACCUUUUUAUGCAAAAUUUCCCUUGAAUGAUGAAAACUGAAACAAAUGCUAGUGGACUGCUGAUGGAUUUGGAUUUAGUACGAAAAUUAAAUUUGUGAAUAUAUUUACACAAAGGAAAAGGGUUGGUGAUACUGCAGUUUAGCAGCACAUAUGGAUGAACCGUCCCUGUCUGUAUCAAAUGAAGCUAAAAUGAAUGAAAUGAAAUUAGUACCAAAUUCAUUUGGUACUAACUCGGAAGGAAAAGCUAUGAAAAUUGUUAAUAGCCAUUGCAGUAGUUUGAUGGAAAGGUAUACUAAAUGUGUAGAGAAAUUUCCGAAUGUAUGGAACACUGCGUGUUCUCAUCAACGACAUGAGCUCGCUAGAUGUUCGGAAACGCAUCCAAUCAUGAUGAAAGCCAAAAUAAAAUGUACUUCAGUUUUCCAAAAGUAUGAAGAAUGCCAUCGAAGAUAUCCUGAAGACCAUUCUCGAUGUUCUCUCCGUUUCAGUGAUUUCAUCAACUGUGUUGAUACUGUUGUAGAAAACUCUUCCUGAUGGCUGCUCCAUAAUAGAAAUUUUUAUUUAAUUUAUGAUUACAUUCUAAAGACAUGCCAGUCUGCAUUUACCUCAACCCUCCGGACAAAUCCACCUUCAGUUCAACAUAAUGGUUCAUUACAUAGGAUAUUUUAUUGGUUUAUGUGUUCAUUGAUCUAGAUUUAUUUAUUAUGGACAGUUUUAAUUCCAGUCCCUCUUGUAUGAUCUGCUCUGUAUAUACAGAAGUGAUAUAUUUUGCAUAAUAAAAUGAGUUUUUCUCAA